AGUGUGAGGCUCCCUCAUUGAACAGGUGGAGCAAAGGAAGUUGUGUGUGCAAGGGGGGAGAGAGCAUUCUGUGCUGUUACUCAUAACCUCUGACUAUGCAAUUUUGAGACAUCCCUAAGGAAUUAGGCAGCAGGACAGCAAUUCCCUAGAAGUCUCUUUCCUGAAAGCACACCCCUCACGAGACUUACAGAGCCCCCGCUUCCCCCAACCUCUUUUCACCAUUAAGAGGAAAACAAUGGAGGAGCUGAGCGCUGAUGAGAUCCGUCGAAGGCGCCUUGCUCGGCUUGCCGGCGGGCCGUCAUCCCAGCCCACCACGCCACUUACAUCUCCGCAAAGAGAGAAUCCGCCAGGACCACCCGUAGCAGCACCAUCUCCUGGAGCAUCCCACAGUCUUGGGCUAAAUGUUCACAGCAUGACCCCUGCUACCUCUCCAAUUGGCGCGUCAGGCGUAGCCCACCGAAGCCAGAGCAGCGAAGGAGUGAGUUCGCUCAGCAGUUCUCCUUCAAACAGCCUCGAAACCCAGUCGCAGUCCCUCUCCCGGUCUCAGAGCAUGGAUAUCGACAGCGUCUCCUGCGAGAAAAGUAUGUCCCAGGUGGACGUAGAUUCAGGAAUUGAAAACAUGGAAGUCGACGAGAGCGAUCGAAGGGAGAAAAGGAGUCUUUCCGAUAAGGAACCCCCGUCAGGAUCCGAAAUAUCAGAAGAGCAAGCCUUACAGUUAGUCUGCAAGAUCUUCAGGGUCUCUUGGAAGGACCGUGACAGGGACGUCAUCUUCCUAACUUCACUUUCUGAGCAAUUUAAACAGAACCCAAAAGAGGUGUUUUCGGAUUUUAAAGACUUGAUCGGACAGAUCCUCAUGGAAGUUUUGAUGAUGUCGACCCAGUCGAGGGAAGAGAACCCCUUUGCCAGUUUGACGGCGACGUCCCAGCCGAUUGCAGCAGCCGCCCGCUCGCCUGAUAGAAACCUGGUCCUGAACGCCGGCUCCAAUCCGGGAACGAGCCCCAUAUUCUGCAACGUGGGAUCGUUUGGUUCCAGCUCCUUAUCAAGUCUCUAUGGAACUAGCCCUGCUCCUGCCCUCACCCCUUUGGCCGGCUCCUUCCUUGCGUCUUCUGCCAGUCCGGUUGCCCCUGCUCCCGUGCCUUCCCUUUCAGUCAGCCCUCACGUCCCACAGGCGGGUCCGCUUGGAGUCCUGCCCUCCUCCUCGAGGUACCGCCCAUACACCGUGGCUCACCCGUGGGCCUUUCCGGCUCCUCCCGCCUCGCCCUCAGUGGCCGUCUCCAUCUUCUCUCACUCUCCAACUCCUCCGGUCAUGAGCACCAGUCCGCCGGCUGCUCGGGCCGCUUCGUCCAGGAUUAGACCCAUAACAAUGGCUCUGCCGCUGUUCACUGCUUCACCUGGGCCUCUCAGCAGGCGGCCGUCUCUCCUGAGCAGGACGCCGUCUAGCCUGUACGACAGCCCUUUCCCCCUCUUCCUUGCCAUUUCUGAUGUGUCUGGGGACAGUUCUGAUGAAGAAAAUGAAGAUGACGAGGAUGACUUUGCUUGUGUCCAGUUUGGGUCCAGUGGUGGAGGCUCCGGAGGGGCCAGUGUUUCUGACUCGUGCAGCGACCACUUCACCAUUGAGGCGUGCAAGGAGACGGAGAUGCUGAACUACCUCAUUGAGUGUUUCGACAGAGUGGGGAUAGAAGAGAGAAAAGCACCAAAGAUGUGUAGCCAGCCCAUGGUGAGCCAGUUACUGAGCAACAUCCGGUCCCAGUGCAUUUCCCACGCUGCUUUGGUGCUCCAGGGAUCCUUAACGCAACCAAGGUCAUUGCAGCAGCAGUCUUUGCUGGUCCCGUACAUGCUCUGUAGGAAUCUCCCUUUUGGCUUCAUCCAGGAGCUAGUGAGAACAACCCAUCAGGAUGAAGAGGUGUUUAGGCAGAUAUUUACCCCCAUUUUACAAGGCCUGGCCCUGGCUUCGAAAGAGUGUUCCCUCGACAGCGAUAAUUUUAAAUACCCUCUUAUGGCAUUAGGUGAAUUAUGUGAAAUCAAGUUUGGGAAAUCCCAUCCUGUGUGCAGCUUGGUUGUCUCCCUGCCUUUAUGGCUACCGAAGUCUCUGAGCCCUGGGACGGGACGGGAGCUCCAAAGACUCUCUUACCUUGGAGCUUUCUUCAGUCUCUCUGUCUUUGCUGAAGAUGAUCCUAGAGUGGUCGAAAAAUAUUUCUCCGGGCCGGCCAUUACCUUGGAAAACACCCGGGUGGUUAGUCAGUCUUUACAACAUUACAUGGAGUCCGCACGGCAAGAGCUAUUCAAGAUCCUGCACAGCAUUUUGCUCAACGGGGAGACCCGGGAGGCAGCCCUCAGCUACAUGGCAGCCAUGGUCAAUGCCAACAUGAAGAAGGCUCAGAUGCAGACGGACGACCGCUUGGUGUCUACGGAUGGCUUUAUGCUCAACUUCCUGUGGGUGCUGCAGCAGCUCAGCACAAAGAUCAAGCUCGAGACGGUUGACCCCUCUUACAUCUUCCACCACCGGUGUCGUAUCGUCCUCCCGACGGACGAGACACGCGUGAAAGCAACCAUGGAGGAUGUAGCCAGCUGGAUGGCGGAGCUGUCCAGGGAUCAGGCUCUUUUUUCUGAGCCAAAAUUUCCGACAGAGUGCUUCUUCCUAACCCUCCACGCCCACCAUCUCUCCAUCCUACCAAGUUGCCGUCGCUACAUUCGAAGACUGAGGGCCAUCCGGGAGCUUAACAGGACGGUGGAAGACCUGAAAAACAAUGAGAGCCAAUGGAAGGAUUCCCCCCUGGCUACGAGGCAUCGAGAGAUGUUGAAACGUUGCAAAACACAACUCAAGAAACUGGUGCGGUGCAAAGCUUGUGCGGAUGCUGGCCUGCUGGACGAGAAUUUCUUGAGGAGGUGCCUGAAUUUCUACGGCAUGGUGAUCCAGCUCUUGCUGCGGAUCCUCGACCCUGCCUACCCUGACAUGAAACUGCCUUUAAGCCUUGACGUCCCGAAAGUGUUUGCAGCGUUGCCUGAGUUUUAUGUGGAAGAUGUUGCAGAAUUUUUAUUUUUUAUUGUACAAUAUUCUCCUCAGGUACUUUAUGAGCCCUGCACUCAGGACGUUGUGACGUUCCUCGUUGUGAUGCUCUGCAACCAGAACUACAUCCGAAACCCCUACCUGGUCGCCAAGCUGGUGGAGGUGAUGUUCAUGACGAACCCGGCCGUCCAGCCGCGGACGCAGAAAUUCUUUGAGAUGAUAGAGAACCAUCCCCUCUCCACCAAGUUGUUAGUCCCGUCUCUGAUGAAGUUUUAUACAGAUGUUGAGCACACUGGAGCCACCAGUGAGUUCUAUGACAAGUUUACAAUCCGCUACCACAUCAGCACCAUCUUCAAAAGCCUCUGGCAGAACAUAGCUCACCACGGCACCUUCAUGGAAGAGUUCAACUCUGGGAAGCAGUUUGUCCGCUACAUCAAUAUGUUGAUCAAUGACACCACAUUUUUGUUGGACGAGAGUUUAGAGUCCCUAAAGCGUAUCCAUGAAGUGCAAGAGGAGAUGAGAAACAAAGAACAUUGGGACCUGCUGCCUAGGGACCAGCAACAGGCUCGGCAAUCUCAGCUCGCGCAGGACGAGAGAGUGUCGCGCUCCUACUUGGCCCUGGCAACAGAAACGGUUGAUAUGUUCCAUAUCCUCACCAAGCAAGUUCAGAAGCCUUUCCUCAGACCUGAACUUGGACCACGAUUGGCUGCUAUGCUGAACUUCAACCUUCAGCAGUUGUGUGGCCCCAAGUGCCGUGACCUGAAAGUCGAAAACCCCGAGAAAUACGGGUUUGAACCAAAGAAGCUUUUGGACCAACUGACAGACAUUUACCUGCAGUUAGACUGCGCUCGCUUUGCAAAAGCCAUUGCUGAUGACCAGAGGUCCUACAGCAAGGAGCUGUUUGAAGAGGUAAUCUCAAAGAUGAGGAAGGCUGGAAUCAAAUCAACCAUAGCAAUAGAAAAAUUCAAGCUGCUGGCAGAAAAGGUGGAGGAAAUUGUAGCUAAGAAUGCCCGAGCGGAAAUAGACUACAGUGAUGCUCCUGAUGAGUUCAGAGAUCCACUAAUGGACACGCUGAUGAGUGACCCUGUUAGGUUACCAUCUGGGACCAUCAUGGAUAGAUCAGUCAUCCUCCGGCACCUUCUGAAUUCCUCUACAGAUCCCUUCAAUCGGCAGACACUAACGGAAAACAUGCUGGAACCAGUUCCAGAGCUGAAAGAGCAGAUCCAAGCCUGGAUGAGAGACAAACAGAACACUGACCAUUAAGAUGCCCUUGCGACAGACGCAGAGAUCAAGCUGCCAGGAGCAGGGCACGAGGGAUCAGGAUAUGGGAUAUGCUGAUACUUUGGAUGCUGACGCUGGGUUGC